CGCAGCGGACUCCACUUCCCGGCGGCCUCUGCGCUGCAGCCAUUUCCCAGUGGCCCCCGCGGCGUCGGCGGCGUCGAGAUGGCGGCAGGGAGCGGCGGUCCCGCGGCGCGGGAGUUGUUUGCCGAGGGUUUGCUGCAGUUUUUGCGGCCGGCGGUGCGGCAGCUCGAUGGACACGUCCAUGCCGUCAGGGAGAGCCAGGUGGAGCUGCGGGAGCACAUCGACAGCCUGGCCACAGAGCUGUGCCGCAUCAAUGAGGACCAGAAAGUGGCGCUGGAUCUCGACCCCUACGUGAAGAAGCUGCUGAAUGCCCGGCGCAGGGUGGUGCUGGUUAACAACAUCCUGCAGAACGCCCAGGAACGGCUGCGGAGGCUGAACCACAGUGUGGCCAAGGAGACAGUGCGGAGGAAGGCCAUGCUGGAGGCGGCGGGGGGCUACCCCCAGGGCCUGCCAGGCAAGUGAGGCCCCUGUGGCAGCACUGGGCCGGAUCUGACUCACACCACAGCUGCGCCAACAGCCC